AUGUCGUUUCUGGCUCUGUUCAAGGCAUUUUGUGCCCCCAAGUCUGCUGGCCAUUGUUCGCUUCUGUCAAAGAACUCUCAAUCAUUAUGCAAUUCUUCAAGGACUCGACUCUUCAUGGCACAGUCCUCCUCGACCGAUCGCGCGGACUCUGUGACACCAGAUAAAAUCAUUUGGCCUGGCCAACCCCGGAAAAAGAAAUUCGAGGAUGACCCCGAGCAGCGCGCGGAGUAUCUGAGGCGGAAGAAUGUGUACAACGCUCGCUAUCGGGCGACUCAUCCGGACUUUGCUCGCAAGAACCGAGAGUAUAUGCGCAAGCUCCGUCUCCAGCCAGAGUUCCAAUUAUACUAUCAGGAGUAUGCCAAAGCGUGGCGCCAAUCACAAAGUACGAAUUCUGCUUUUGCAGUGUCAGAGAGAUUUCGCAUAUGGAUCCGCCGAUAUGCUUGGUUCCGAGAAGAUCUGAAUUGGGCACCGUGGCGGCCUAUAUUGUACCCUGAUUCGGUGGAACACCGGUGUCAAGGAUGCAAUCUCGCGAGGCAUCGCGGAUCACAUAUUUGGUGGAGAAUGGAUCCGCAGAAAUUCAUGUGCCACAGCUGCUACAUGAAGCUUCCAGAGGCAGGUCUACCUGAAGGAUAUGAAGGAUGCACGACCAUCAAGGAGAUUGCGAAGAGGAAGGCAAUUCUCGAAAGUCAGCCACGAACCUCGACCACCUCGACACUGACAGGUCAGUCUUGGAAGCCACUUAAGAAAUCACCAACUGGCUCUCGCCCAUUUUCCACCUUCCGCGCUGUGUGGACCAAGUCGGAAGAAUCAAAGUCUGACGAACAGGGACCUGAUCAGGAUUCCCAACCCCAGGAAUGGGCAAAGCUUGAAGCCGAAAUGCUUGAGGCCAAACGCCAGUAUGGCCAGAUACGAUCCACUUGGAAACUUGCACAAAAGCUCGAAUCUGGCUCUCAGGAAGUGACCGACGCUGAUGUACAUCAAGCCAAGCUGCGAGUGCAACGUACGAAUCGUGCUUGGAAGAUGGUUAGCGAUCCUGGAUAUAAAGCCCGAGUUGCUGCAUCAAAAGUAACAUACAAGCGAAAACCCGAGAGCAAAGAGCUCAGACGUCGUUGGUAUCGUCAUCCUGAUAACCGUUCAAGGUUAAUCGAAAACACACGGCUUAGAAGAGCCAACGAUCCUUUGCUCAAGUUCAGAGACAGGGUUUACGAAUGGGUUUUGGGCCUAUCCCUCGGUCAGAAGAUCGGUGAUCUGGGAAGCAUGGCAACCCAUACUAUACUCCGCAAAAGUCAGAUUCCACUGCUGUGGUGGAGACAGAAAUUCGACCCAACCAUGGACACUGAUCUCGAAGUGUACUACUGUCAUAGUUGUUUUAUAAGACGUCCGGACGCAGGAUUACCGAAAGCUUUCAAGGACUGCACUACACUGCGUGAGCUCAAUGAGAGAUUCAGCCAGCUUGAGGGUGUCAAGCCAAGCAGGGAUCUCGGCUCGUUCGACGUGGAGGUAGGGACAAUGGACCAGAAGAACCACGACCCUGGGUCCGAGCAUCCGAACACAAAAGUGUGA